AUGGCCGAUCCAUUCGAAGUGCGCAUGCGCUUCACCUCGCUCCUCCACCACCUCAACGCCAGCACCACCUCUGCCCUCAAAACCGCCUCCUACGCCACCAAAUACGCCGAAUACAGCGAUGACCUGCACUCCUGCAUCCUCGAGCAGCUAGAACGAAACAACAUGAACAACCGCGCCAACAUCAUGUAUUUCCUCCCCAGCCUAUGCGACGUCGCGCGGGAGAGAGGGGAGGUGAGUUACGGCCGGAUGAUGGAGAGGGAUAUCUUGCGGAUCGUGGAUGCCGUGGCGCCGGAUGAUGGGAGUGGGGCGGCCAAUGUCAAGGUGGUGAGGAAGGUUUUGGGGGUGUUGGAGGGCAAGGGGUUCUUGCAGGGGCAGACGGUCAGCGAGUUGGAGGAAUUUUUGGCCGGGAGAGAUUUGGUUGAUGGUGGGCUUGGAGGGUCGCCGGGGCAUGCGGUGGUGAAUGGUCAUGGUCAUGGUGUAGGAGGGGGGAAUGGAGUGAUAACAGCAGAUGCGACGGCCCAGAAUUCCACCAUCCGAUCGACGCCGCAGUCGACGGCGAGGGAUACGGGCGCUGCCGUGACCGCGUAUAAUAUUACUCCGGCUGUACGGUUGGAUAAGCGGCAGAUCGAGCAGCGGAUUGAAGAGGAUCGGGAACGGCAUAAGAGGGCGCGGGAGGGGUUGUGGGCGGUGCAGCAGGAGAGUACGGGGUUGAGGGAGGAUGUGGAGUUUGAGAGGAGUUGGGAGGAGGGUGGGAGGGCGGAUGAGGAUGAUUGGCAGGUUUGUGGGGAGGAGAGGGAUGAGCGGCGGACGGGAUUGGAGUUUGAGGAGGUGUAA